UAGUCUGCAUGCAGCUGUUUUCUACGUCAAAAUAAGGGAUUGUCUUUCCCCUGGAACACUCUUGGCUACAAAUGAUGGCUUUCACUAUGCUGAGGCCGGUAUCGACCCAUCCCUUCUCUUACCCGGCUGACCUGACCUUGAUUUCGGACGACGAGGAGGAGAACCGCAGCGAGAGCGACGGCAGCACGGACCAGGGCUACGGCUGCUGCGGGAUCCCGGGGCAGAGCUACAGGCUGGAGUCCGGCGUCGUGGUGCCGCAUCGGAACGCCGCUAACGCCAGGGAGAGACACCGGACCCAGAACGUGAACACGGCCUUCACGGCGCUGCGGACGCUCAUCCCCACGGAACCGGUGGACAGAAAACUCUCCAAGAUCGAGACGCUGCGCCUGGCGUCCAGCUACAUCUCACACCUGGCCAACGUGCUGGUGGUGGGGGACGGGAGGGAGGACGGAGAGCCGUGCCUCAGCGCUGUCUACAAGGAGGGGAAGGGAGGAGGAAAAGGCAAAAAGCCCCGGAAUAUCUGCACGUUCUGCCUCAGCAACCAACGGAGAGGGGUGAAAGACAGACGGGACUUUGUGAAAAUGCAUGGAGGCAGUGGGAGACAAAUAAGUCGGCGAUGAGAGGGUCUGAGCAGGACUGGAUCCACUCUUCAGAUCAGACUUCAGGGAACCUCCACAAACUGUUCCACAAGUCUGGAAGCAUCUCAGACUCUGAGGACCACUUUGACUUUUUGCUUUGGCUCAACGGUCACUUUACCCUGUGUGAGAUGAGAGGACUCAGGACUGGCACCAAAACCAUCAGUGUCUCCAGCACAGACUCAAUGCAAACACACCAAUGUCAUUGGGGAAUAAAAGUGAGAGCGUAAAGCUGCUAUAGGGCCAUGGACGUUCUUUUCAUUUUUAAAGACAAACAUGUUCAGGGCAUCGGUAGGAUACUAAACAACGAGGCGGAGUAUCUAUUGGCCUGAGUCUCAAAGCAGAAUGUAUGCAAAGUUUUGGUUUUUGACAGAAGCUUUGCAGCAUGGAUUAUGGGUAAUUAUCCACUAUUACUUAAAGGCACAAUCCAUAAUCUUAAUCUUAAUAAAAGGAAACAUUCCCCGUUCAAAUUCAAAAUACCUGAACCUGGUUUGAACCUGCUAUCACUUUUAAAUAUCCUUGUUUCAUAUAUCCACAUUCAAUAUAUGUCCACACAUUUACUUGUGAAAGUUGCAUAAUGCUUAAGGUUUAUUUACAUAAAUAGUUUUGUCUCUUAUCCAUGGAUCAAAUGUAUUGAGUCAUAUUUGUGAAAUGACCCAAACAUUAGCAUGGCUGCUGAGACACAGAGAUGCUGUUGAUGUUUAUCCCCGAACUGAUAAACUGUACUGGGUAAGGCACUGAGGCAAACGGGCAUACAAGUCUGCAUUAUUCUUUACGAUGAAGAGGAGGGAUACGUCAGGCCGGACCACACACAGCUGUUGGGAAGAUGUGUGCGACAGGACAUUUUUGUGGGACACUACGUUGUUUUA